UUGCAUAACUGUGACCCCCCCGCUGCCCACUACUUAUGAUAGCGCUAAAGCCAGCCCCAUCAAGAUCCUUUGGGGCAUAUUUUAAAGUUCCUGGCGGCCGAACUGGUACUCAAAUGCUCACCAACAAGCCUAACCAAGCCUGCCCCGCACACCGUCACAUGCGCUCAGUGACGAAACCACCCAACGUUGGGUCGAAGUCUGGACGAAACAUUCCGCGUCUGUCGCCACCAAUUUGGCUGGUAUUGUCGCGCUGCGCUACCUUGCGCGUGUUGAAAUGAAAUGUCAAUAUCAAAUUAUCUUCAUCAUGUAACUUGAGCCGUCGACGUGGGGAGACUGAACCAUCGUUUUUCACUCCCUUCCAACGCAAGUCUAUGUAGCUCGUCAAACUUCCUGCCACCGCCACCAUGGACCCUGACGACUCUGCAGACGAUGUUGGCGACGAGCUCAUCCCUUUCGACGAUACCAAUUUCCACGACCGCGAUCUCAUCCCCGCUUCGCCUGGUCGGACCCUGCUUCCCAGCCCAAUCGCCAGCGCAGUAAGCUUUGCGACUCGAUCGACGUCAUUGGCCCUCCGUGUGGGCACCUUCAUCGGUGGAUACAGCUUGAGCGCGGCCAAAUUUACAACACUUUCGAGUCUUGAGCUGGGUCGCGGCAUCCUCGAGGGCAUACUCAGCAGAGCUGGACGAGAUGUUAUCGUUAGAUCUCGGUCUGAGCUGGGCAGGGACAAUGCCGAGACCAUACUGGAAAGAAGUUUGGAAAACCUCCAUCAGACUAUGACACAAAUUGUCUUUUGGACCACAACAGGGUUUCACAUCACUGGUACAACCGUCUCAACGGUAUCACAGAUAUCACAUCUGUUUUUAUCGGUGCUUGAUCAGUUCUUUGGUUCCACCGAUUCCUCGAAAGCCAUUGCAAGCAUCAUCACCCUUAUUCGUCGCGAAUUUCAAAACCCCGCGACUGGUGUCCAGGGAGAAAGAGUUGGAGUUGUCGACUUGAUAUUGGGAUUGUGUGGACUUGCAUAUUUACAGAACUGGUGUCGGCGAAUGAUACAGGAGGAGACUCGCCGCCUGGGUCAUGAAGAAGUCAUUUGGGACGUCGUGGUCCUCAACGAUGGCGAGAGGGUUGAUGUUCAUGAGGACAGUCUGUAUGGUGUGCACAAGGGGCGAUACGGUCAAGCCAGUGCCAUGAAUAACAGCGACGGCAUCAUCGAGGCCAUUGAACAGCACGGAGCACAAGAUAGUGGCUCUGAGGAUGAGCUGCCCGAAAUCCAUCUUAAGAGACAGAUCAUGGGCUCGUUACCUAAAGAUGCAAGUGUGUCCAUCUCGACGGCCACAAACACCACCAAGACCAUCACCGUCGAAAUCAAGGGCACUCCCGAUGUCCCUCUGUUGGCUCCGCCGGGAGCUGAUGUCAUUGAAAGCGAAAUCACCACUCCAGAUGUUCUACCAAGCGGCAUGCGGGAUUCAACCCCGACGUACCGAGUUGUAUAUCGCAUUAGUCGAAAUAAAAUGAGGAGCACCGCCAUGCAGCGAAGAAACGACGAAGACACGCCUCGUGUCGAGGUUAUCUCGGAUUCCGAUGAGAAGUCCGUUGAAUCUCCGCCUCCACGCGACUAUUCUUACCAAGAUCCUCCCCCAGUACCGCCGAAACCGAUGAGAUCCACAACUGUCCCCGUCUUCUCAAAGGAGGAUAGUGCUGCACCAGAUAGACCUUCGCGCCAACACCGCUCGGUUUCCUCAACUGGCUCCGCUUGCAGCUCGAUGACUUCGCCUAAGGACCGGACCUCUCAAAUCCCAGUACCAAAGCCUACGCCUGAAAAUGCUGCGAAUCAGAAACGAAUUCGACAACCACUUGGUGGCCCUAAACGCGCCGAAGAAGCACCUGCUAUGACAAGGGUUGCGAGUAAAGCAUCGUCCAAACCACCCAAAGACGCCGAGGCAGCGGCGUCUAUGAAGGUACCUGAGAAAAGGGGUGGCCUUCGGAACGUAUGGAAGAAAGGCUCUGUCCAAGGCAUUGCCAAUUUGCUGAACAAGGACUCGAGCAGCGAGAAUGUUUCAACGGUAGGAAAACAGAAGCAAGGUGGAAUCAAGCCGCCGUGGGGCAGCUACAAGCCAUCUCAGAACAAGAGCGUCGUCAGUCAAAGUCGAGUUGCUGUACCAGAACGAAACGCCAGCAUGCUUCCUGCACGCGAACCACCACGUCCUCCGCAGCGAGGGAAUCCGAACUUCUUCUCAUCUAGAGACCUAGGCCAUUUCGAAGACGGUUCUCCAGUCAAGAGAAGCCAGUCGCGCUCGAGUUAUGUUGCCGUGCAUGAGCGUCGGCGGAAUUCGACCGUAUCUCAAACAGACACAUUUUCGAUACAUUCAUUUGAAAGCCGACCGACUUCCCCCACCUAUUAUAGAACAGAGUAUAGGUCAAGCAACAUGUCCAAGUCCAAGUCUGGAAACGACAUCGUUGACUUGGCUCCACCUUCACCUCCCAAACACCAUCAUAGGGCUAGAUCCCAGGUUGGCAGUAUGUACUCUCCAAGUAUAUACACCUUGAAGACGGGCGGCUCGCAGACGUCGUUGGUUCUGUCGUCAUAUCAUCAGAAGAGUGCGUAUAGCGACUCGGAAGCAGUGGAUACGCUAAGAAGAACCGGAAUGGUCGAUGGCAUGUUCCCAAGUUUCCACAUUCUCAGGAAUAUCACUCGCUACAGUCGCUACGCUUCGGCUGCCUACGGAUCCAAUUUUCUCAAAAUGAUGGGUAUUGCGAAAGAGAUGCCGGUGUUGAAAGCACUUGACGAAAUGCAUCAAGAUGUUCGCUCUUUCGCUCAACACACCGAGCUGCCACCGGACAGCAUUCUGUUGUCGUCUUUCGUUGAUCCUCAGGGCGGAUCGGACUCCACCGGCUCUACUGACACCGGUGUGCCUCUCGUUCACACCGUUUCUUUGGAUGAGGAAUCGAAGGCUGUGGUUCUUGCUUGUCGAGGGACCUUGGGAUUCGAGGAUGUCCUUGCCGAUAUGAUGUGCGAAUAUGAUGAUCUGCUCUGGCGUGGCAAAACCUAUAAGGUGCACAAGGGCAUACAUGCAUCUGCCCGCCGGCUGCUUUACGGUGGCGACGGAAGGGUUCUUGUUACUCUGAAGGAAGCUCUCGAGGAGUUCCCAGAUUAUGGGUUGAUUUUGUGCGGCCAUUCUCUUGGAGGCGCUGUGACAGCACUACUUGGAGUCAUGCUGGCAGAACCUGCUACGAUGGGUACUGCCUUUGUUACCUCCGCCCAACAAUACAAACGACUUCUGACCGAUGGUCACACCUCUGCAGCUGAUACUAGCCACAUUUGCUUGCCAUCGGGGAGGCCGAUACACGUCUACGCGUACGGCCCUCCUGCAACCAUGUCCCCGUCGCUUCAGAAGGCGACCAGGGGCUUGAUCACCAGCACUGUUCACGGAAACGACUUAGUUCCCUAUUUGUCCUUGGGGGUUUUGCACGAUUUUCAGGCUCUCGCACUCGCGUUUAAGACAGACAACAGCGAUGCCAAAGCCGAAGUUCGCCGCCGUAUAUGGGAAGGUCUGCAGUCUGGCUUGGCGGACAGGUGGUAUAACAACGCACCCAAAUCCUCCAAUGGUGAAGAAGACAAAUGGGCUUAUGCAGCGCUCAAGACGCUGCGUGCUACGAUGAUGAGUUCAAAACUACUGCCACCAGGAGAGGUGUUUGCGGUAGAGAGCACUCCGGCUCUGCGAAGAGACGCAUUCCUACAAGCAGGAGAAGAGCAGAUUGGGCGGCCAGCCACGCGAAUUGUGCUCAAAUACGUCCGGGAUGUUGAAGUUCGGUUCCGCGAGGUGCGAUUUGGCUCGAGCAUGUUGACGGAUCACAGCCCAGGAAGGUAUGAAGAUACUCUUAGACGCUUGACCUUGGGCGUUGUGGAUUCAUAAUCUGUACCGGAUUAAAAUAUAUGGGCUAGAAUGACGCUGGCGUUCGCAUGUGCAUACCCUUAUUCCGUUAUAGUAGACUAGGAUUGGGUAUUUGGGCGGCUCACAUCAGAUUGACGCAAUUUGCAUAUGAGGAAAUUGGAUUACAGGAGCACAACUGGACGAGUCAACUUUUUCUUAAUAACGUUAUACACA